AUGAUGAACAGCGAAAAUCCGCAUGAAGGCGAAGAAACCAUGCCCAUUUUGAAUUGGCUCAUAACAGGCGCCUCGAAUGGCCUUGGCCUUGCCCUUACGCUAGAAGUACUUCAAGCAGGGCACAAGGUGAUUGCUACAGCCCGAAAUGUCGCUAAAGCAUCCACAUCGCAUCCCGCCGUUGAGAAACUCGGCGGAACCUGGCUGCAACUGGACGUUGAUAAGUCAGACGCGAAACGUGUAGUGGAGAAUGCCGUGCAAGACAUAUUCCAUGGUAGAAUUGACGUCCUCGUCAAUAACGCUGGGUACUCGAUAUUAGGCAGUAUAGAAGAUCUGAGUGAGAAAGAAAUUGAAAACCAAUUCAACACCAAUUUUUAUGGUCCUAUACGCACCAUCAAAGCGGCUUUACCUAGUAUGCGUGCACAACGAAGUGGUGUCAUUAUCAAUGUAAGCUCGAUUGCUGCACUGGAUCCACGACCCUCCGGAGGCAUAUAUGGAGCAAGUAAAUCUUCUUUGGAAAAUCUAUCAGAAGCUUUGGCUUUGGAACUUGCCCCAUUCAACAUUCGGGUCCUGAUCGUUAUCCCUGGCGGAUUUCGUACUGAUUUCCUGUCCGGCAAUCUUGAGCCCGAGGCCCCUAUGACAAAGGACUACGAGGGAACUCCGCUGCAUGCUGCUCUGGCUUCCUUCCGCGCUUACAACGGCAACCAGCCUGGUGACCCUGCCAAAGGAAUGAGACGCGUUGUAGAAGUAGUGGAAAGCACCGGAUUGGGAGAAGGCAAACAAGGACUUUUGCGAUUACCCCUAGGUGCAGAUUGCCUCGAAAGGGCUUGGUCUAAGGUCAAUGCCCUGAAAAGGGAUUUGAAUGGAUUCGACAGCGUAGCAAAGUCGACGGAUCUGGACUGA